UGACGUCAGUGGGGAGUUAAUUUUAAAUCGGUACAAGAUGGCGGAGGGGGACGAGGCAGCGCGGAGGCAGCAGCCGCACCAGGGGCUGCGGCGCCGGCGGCGGACCAGCGACCCAAACACCGGGGUUAACCACGUCUCGUCCACGACCUUCCUAGGUGAGAAUCAUGAAGAUGAUGACCUAGUAAACUCUGAUGAGGUUAUGAAGAAACCAUGUCCAGUACAGAUUGUUCUUGCUCAUGAAGAUGACCAUAACUUUGAGCUCGAUGAAGAAGCUUUGGAGCAGAUAUUGCUACAGGAACACAUACGAGAUCUUAACAUAGUAGUGGUAUCCGUGGCAGGAGCUUUUCGUAAAGGGAAAUCAUUUCUACUGGACUUCAUGCUUAGAUAUAUGUAUAACAAGGAUUCUCAAAGUUGGAUUGGUGGAAACAAUGAACCGUUGACUGGCUUUACAUGGCGAGGUGGUUGCGAAAGAGAAACAACAGGCAUACAAGUCUGGAAUGAAGUAUUUGUGAUUGACAGACCUAAUGGAACAAAAGUGGCUGUGCUGCUAAUGGAUACCCAGGGUGCCUUUGAUAGCCAGUCAACUAUCAAAGACUGCGCAACGGUAUUCGCUCUGAGCACCAUGACUAGCUCGGUCCAGGUAUAUAAUUUGUCUCAGAAUAUUCAAGAAGAUGAUCUUCAACACUUGCAAUUAUUUACAGAGUACGGCAGACUUGCGAUGGAAGAAAUCUACCAGAAACCAUUUCAGACAUUAAUGUUUUUGAUUCGAGAUUGGAGUUAUCCUUAUGAACAUUCAUAUGGUUUGGAAGGUGGAAAACAAUUCCUUGAAAAGAGAUUGCAGGUAAAACAAAAUCAACAUGAAGAGCUACAGAAUGUAAGGAAGCACAUUCACAAUUGUUUCUCAAAUCUUGGUUGCUUCCUUUUGCCACAUCCUGGUCUUAAAGUUGCAACUAAUCCUAGUUUUGAUGGGAGAUUGAAAGAUAUUGAUGAAGACUUUAAGCGAGAGCUUCGAAAUCUGGUUCCAUUGCUGCUUGCCCCUGAGAAUUUGGUAGAAAAAGAGAUAAGUGGAUCUAAAGUCACUUGUAGAGAUCUUGUAGAAUACUUUAAGGCUUACAUUAAGAUUUAUCAAGGAGAGGAACUUCCACAUCCAAAGUCCAUGCUUCAGGCAACAGCUGAAGCUAAUAAUCUUGCUGCGGUAGCAGGAGCAAGAGAGAUCUAUUGCAAAAGUAUGGAGCAGGUAUGUGGUGGGGACAAGCCUUACAUUGCACCUUCAGAUCUGGAACGAAAACACCUGGAUCUCAAGGAAGUGGCGAUUAAACAGUUUCGUUCAGUAAAAAAAAUGGGCGGAGAUGAAUUCUGCCAUCGUUAUCAGGACCAGCUUGAAGCUGAAAUUGAAGAAACCUAUGCAAACUUGAUAAAGCACAAUGAUGGCAAAAACAUCUUCUAUGCUGCUCGUACCCCGGCCACACUGUUUGCAGUCAUGUUUGCUAUGUACAUAAUCUCAGGACUGACCGGCUUCAUUGGCCUAAACUCUAUAGCCGUCUUGUGUAACCUUGUCAUGGGGUUAGCACUGACAUCUCUUUGUACUUGGGCAUAUGUAAAAUACUCUGGGGAGUUCAGAGAAAUUGGAACAAUGAUUGAUCAGAUUGCUGAAACACUAUGGGAACAGAGGAGUCCCAGGAAGGUGUUUUCCAAACUGUUUGAAGUUACUAGACGUCGAAUGGUCCGUCGUGCUCUUUCAUCAGCACAGCGACAGAGACUGUCAUCCAACAAUAACAAGAAGAAAAAUUAGACAGUAUUUUUAACUUUUUUCUCUAUCUGAAGUUGUUCACCCUUAAACAUGUAGGACAAUAAGCAGGACCGUCUGGGCCGGUCUGCAUAAAUGCUGUAUACUUACCAGAUUUGAUGCUGCAUAGAGGGUAUGGAAUCGCACGUCCAUCUCAUAGGAAUUGUAAAUGGUUUGAGUAGGAGGAAAGUAAUUUUUGUUGCAUUAUAAGAUGUCUAACUGCAUUAUUUGUAGCCUCAUAGCUUUUUUGGGGAGAAGCAUCUUUUUUAUUUCCCACAUUCCUGGUUAUUUUCUUCAUUGCUUUGGAUUGAAUUUUUAUAUCUAUUUUUCUAUGUACCUCUUUUUUUACCUCAUGUUUUUAUUUGUUUUGCACAUCUCUCAUACCACAGGUAUUGAAGCCCCUGGGUGAUAAUUUGAUGGAGGAAAACAUAAGGCAGUCUGUCACAAACUCUAUCAAAGCAGGCCUGACUGACCAGGUGUCUCAUCAUGCCAGAUUAAAGACAGACUGACAGUUCAUCUCCUCAUGGACUCCACUCUCCCUUUUUUUCAUGCUUGCUGUACAAUGAGAACUCAAAUAAAAAUAAACCAAAGUUUACAAUCAA